AUUAUAUUUGAUCAUUAUCACUUUUACUUUGUUUAUAACCUUUACUUAUUAAAUUAAUAAUGAUAUAUGAUAUUUAAUAUAUAAUUUGAUAUUUAAUAAUAAUUUUUAUUUUGUGUAUAAUUUAAAAUCAUUAUUGUUAUACUGACAUGUCGUUAACUAUCGAAAAACAAAUUGAAUUAUUAUUAACUGGUCAUCCUUUAGAAAUUGAUGAUAUGCAUGAAACCAUUCAUGCCGCACAAAAUGAAAUAGGAGAAACAGGAGUAUCUAGUACUUAUAUACCAAUUUGUCAAAAAACUGUAACAUACAUUGUUGCUGCAGUAAUAAUAAAUAAUCAAGGAGAAAUAUUAAUGAUGCAAGAAGCUAAAUCUACUUGCAAUGGAAAAUGGUAUUUACCUGCUGGUCGAGUUGAACCUAAUGAAAAUUUAAUAGAUGCUAUUAAAAGAGAAGUUUUAGAAGAAACAGGACUUAUAUUACAACCAGACACAUUGAUAUUAAUAGAAUGUGCAACUGGUUCAUGGUUUCGAUUUGUAUUUACUGGCAAAAUAAUUGGUGGUAAAUUGAAAACAUUAGAAGAAGCAAAUAAAGAAUCAUUGCAAGCAUGUUGGAUAAGUAAUAUAAAUGAUUUAACACUCAGAUCACAUGAUAUUGUAUCUUUGAUAGAAAGAGGUAAAAUUUAUAUGAAUAAAGAUGUUUCAAAACAUCCGAAUUUAAUGCCGAUUAGUACACCAUUAAACAAAUUAUUAUUACGACUAAUAAUCACCUCAAAAAAAAGAGCAACGAAUAAAUUGCAUAUUCUUGUAUCAAAUGCAAUGCCAUCUCAUUUACCAAUUUGUGAAAUUAAUCCAAAUCGCAAUCUUCUUUCAACUCUACAUAAUUUUAUGAAGGAAUUAUUUGGAAAUGGAGUAGCACAACAUAAACCACAUGGAGUACUUUCUCUAGAAUUUAGUGGAGGACAAGGAGGAGAUGGACUUUGUUUAACAUUAUUAGUAUCAUUUAAGUUACCUGUGGAAAAUGUACCUGCUAAUGAAAAAUUUAUUUGGUACGAAUUACCCGAAAAUCUUGCUAUGAGCAUCACUCAUCGAUUACCGCGAAAUAUGACCGUGCCUUUAAGUGUAAUACGAUAAUCAAAUAUAUAUAAUCUAAGUGCACAUUAGAUGUGUAUAACAUAAUUGCAUUUCAAAUUUUAAUUUAUUUUUUUAGAAGUAAAAACAUUUUGGAUUAGCACAUUAUAUUUUGAUUAAAAUUGCGCAUUUAAUUAAA